GAGGACGGCUACACCCGGCUGCUGCAGCGACAGGCCCAGGAGGUGUUCAGGGACAACCGUCUGGUCGCCGUGUGUCAGUUCAACUCCAUGCCCAACGAGGACGUGGUGCUGAUGAGACAUUACCUCCGGAAGCACGACAUCGAGGUCAAGUUCGUCUUCAAUGAGAUUGUCAGGCCCGUGCUGUCUCAGUCCAAGUUCAAGAACCUCCUCCCCCUCUUCGUGACCCGCAACAUCCUGCUGGUGAGCCAGGAGACGAAGGUGAAGGAGAUGCUGAGGGUGCUGAAGGGGGUGCCACAGGUCAACCUCCUGG